GCCGCCGCCGCCGUCGCCUGGGGGACCGUACUGCGCCUGCGUGCGUGGCACUGCGCCUGCGUACACACUUAGGCACCGCCCCACCCCCGCUGGAGCUGUGCAUUUCUCCUGCGCGCGCGCUCGAGCAAUAGGACGUUAAGGUGGGCACUGUAAAUGCCUGAAAAAAAAAAUUACCAGAUGGGACUGUACGACUGCCUCGCGAGGCUUCCGACGGUUCUGUGGAUGUUGGAGUUUGGAUACUGGGGAUUGUGCCUCGUUAAUCUAUAUUAAAGUCUUGGCCGGCAGAGAAUUUGAUACGGCACUGUCCUGGCCACCUAAGAGUCUGUCUUCCUGUCACUGUCGCCCUCGCUGCGCCAAUCUUCGGCGCCUGCGGAAGUCACCCUUUCCGUAGGCGGUUGGAGGUGGUUCGCGAGCUGUCCUGCGUGCGAUCAAGUCGUUGGGCCUGACUUCGGUCCUGCCGGUGGGCGUUUUGCGGAGUGUGGGCGCCAUGUUCCUCGCCGGCGGUGCACGGCUGAGGCGACACGCCAUGUUUUGGAGAAGCUAAGGAUUUGCCACCUUUCAGGACUUUUGUCAAAAAAAAGGGCGCUUCUGAGUUUGGAAAUCGGGAGCAAAUGAGUCAGACUGGACUGAAACACAAGACUGACUCCGGGGAAUUGAAGGGGCUGCUAAGGGGCUUCCGCAGGCGGGGGUUGCGGGGGCGAGGUAGUUACCGCCUCUCUCCCCUCUUCUCCUCCCACCCCCGCUCUCGGGCAAGGGCAUCGACCCCGAGGCGCUGCGACUCUUCCAGUCAGACUCGUCGCUGCCGGGGUGCCUGACUCCCUUGCCCUGCCUUUUUAUAGUUUAUACCCAGGUCCCAGUACUGCUUCAGUUAAGAGUUCUGAUAAGCACCUGUUUAGUGAGCACUUAGUUUGCGCCCGCCGAUUUGCUAAGAGAUUUACGUAGUCAUAUUUAAAAGCCUUUCAACAUCUGAGAUAGUUACUACAUCCGUUGUAUAGGUGAGUGCACCUAGGCGAACGUAAGUGGCAGAACCGACAGAUCCAGGCCCAGCACGCUCUGGGUCAAGCACUUCUACUUUACUGUCCCAAUAAAUCGUUGUAUUUUAGUUUUUAAUUAUCAAAAAAUGUCAAACAUUACCCCAAAAUAGAAUAGUAUAAUGAAUCCUGAUAUACCCAUCUCCCAAAUUUUGUUCAAUCACAAGCCCAUAGCAAGCCUCACCUCUCAGGACAAAUCUCUUUUUGGCAGUCUGUGGGUUAUAAACAAUCUAUUAAGGAAGCCCCACCUUUUAUUGCAUUAACUGCUCCACCCACUUGGCACUAUCCAAUGACUGCCUCUUGACAAUUCUUUCCUUAUCUCCUAUUUGAAAACUUAUUAGCCACCAGAAACUGUAAUAAGUGCUUUACAAACGUUACUAUUAAUUAUAGAGAGUAUUUACUUUGGACUUACCGUGUGCAGGCCUUUGCUAAGGGCUUUAUGUGCAUUAUCUUUUUUAAUCCCAUGAGACUGAUGAGUUGCUCAUUUCACAGAUGAAAAAACAGGCAUAAGGAUUAAUAAAAUUGUCCAAAAUCUAAUGAAUAGUAGAGUUAGGGUUUGGACCCACUAUGCCUGACACCAAUGUCUGUCCUCUUCAACCACUAGAUUAUAUAGCCUCUUGUAGUAAUAAACGUUGAGUGAAUGAAUUCACUUAUGUGUCAGGAAACUUUUCUGGAGAGCGUACAUAUUGUUUCCUCAAUUAUAAACUUCAGAGAGGAAGCCUCCUAUCCACCAUGCCCCAGCACGUGGUUUGUACCUGUUCUAAAGCACUUCCCAGGUUGUACAGCAGUGAUUUGUUUACACAGCUAGUUUUCCUUAGACUGACUGCUUCAAGGCCAGGGACUGUGUCUUAUUCAUUUUUAUGUCCCCAGGGCUUAGCCAGUUCCUGGCAAACAGCUGGGACUCAACACAGUUUGCUAAGUGAAUGAAUGAAUCAAUCCACCACUCUUGGAUGCUGCACAACACAGCAGAUACCCAGCUCAGAUAUGGGUUGAAAGACCACAGGCUUCUGCCUGGAGGGCUCAGCUCUCCUUAUAAUUCCUGAGAGACCCUGGACAUGCCAGGGUGUAUUGUGGAGUGGUUGCAUCUAGAGGAGGGGGAGGAAGGCCCAAACACUAAUCCAGGCUUGGGUUGGAAAACAAGGUUGAAGUUACUCAUUAGCAGGUGAAAGGGUCAAGGGUCGAGGCAAGGGGGCUGGAAGCAGAGUGGACUGAGCAGCCAGCGGGGGAAGAGAGCAGUUAAGGCACCACUCUAUGCAGAGCACCAGCUGCCUCCUGCCUGAAGAUGUUCCACCAAAUUUGGGCAGCUCUCCUCUACCUCUAUGGCAUUCUCCUUAACUCCAUCUACCAGUGUCCUGAGUACAGUCAACUGACAACUCAGGGAGUGGAUGGGAAAGAGUUCCCAGAGCCCCACCUGGGCCGGUGGUACUUUAUCGCAGGAGCAGCUCCCACCAAGGAGGAGUUGGUGACUUUUGACCCUGUGGACAACAUUGUCUUCAACAUGGCUGCAGACUCUGCCCCCAAGCAGCUCCAGCUUCGUGCUACCAUCCGCACGAAAAAUGGGCUCUGUGUGCCCCGGAGAUGGAUUUACCACCUGACUGAGGGGAGCACAGAUCUCAGAACCGAAGGCCGCCCCGACAUGAAGACCAAGCUCUUCUCUAGCUCAUGCCCAGGUGGAAUCAUGCUGAAAGAGACGGGCCAGGGUUACCAGCGCUUCCUCCUCUACAAUCGCUUGCCACACCCUCCUGAGAACUGUGUGGAGGAAUUCCGGUCCCUGACCUCCUGCCUGGACUCCAAGGCCUUCUUACUGACUCCCAGGAAUCAAGAGGCCUGCGAGCUCUCCAGUAACUGACCUGUGGCUUCAUCUGAUGGAUAUGAUGGGAGUUGAGAUUGUGGUGAGAAGGAGAAGCUGGAGACUCCCAGCUCCCUUUGAAGAAUAAUAAAAAUGAUUUUUCAA